CUCUCUCCACUCUCCAGUAACACUCUCCAGUCUUCCCUCCCUCCUUCCCACCAUAACUCUUUAUAAAAACAUCCAACCUCUGCUGCGUUACUUCUCUCUCUCUCUCUCUCUCUCUCUCCACACUUUCUCUCACAUCUCUCUUCUUCUUUCGCAGCGAUUCACUUCGCCCUCUCUCUCUCUCUCUGGUACGUGAAAACUCCCUCUGAUUCUCUCCCUACCGAUCAUCCUUUGCGACUUUUGGAUCGGAAAAUUCUUCCAGUUCAGUGAAGUAUGUACUCAGCAAUGGAAUCAUCGGGUUCAGAGUAUAAUGACGAAGAAAGGGCGUUGAAGGGUUUGCUUGAUGCAUUUGGUUCUGCAUUUACUCUAGAUGAAAUUGCUUCUGCUUAUUGCAAGGCAGGCCGGAAUGCGGAUUUGGCCGGUGAAUUUCUCUAUGAAAUGCAGGGGAACGCAUCGACGUCUACCGAUCAUCCGGUCGAUGGUGAAACAAAGGGGAGUGAACAAUCUUCAGCAUCAUCAUGCGCUAAUGAUAAUGUUUCUGAGCAGUCUUAUGAAGUGAAUGGAAACUCCAGACCUACAAAUCCGAAAAAUCGCCCGGUUUCGGUUGGUAGUGUUUCAAGCAUUAUUGGUAAGGACUAUGUUCGGACCACAAGACCAACAAAUGGGUCUUGCAAUGCAACCAAACCGAUGAAACUGGAAUCAAAGGUGUUGCCGGUACCCGAACUUUGGGAGGAAGAAGCCAAGUCAAACUCUGAAAGGGACGAUUCGAUUCGUCGUGAUAUGGAAGAAUUUCUGUUCCGCAUGCUUGGGGAUGGUUUCCGGCUAGAGAGGAAUGUGAUUGAAGAAGUUCUUGAUGCUUGUGGGUAUGAUAUGCCAAAGACGAUGGAGAAACUACUAGAUCUUUCUACGACAGCCCUGGACAAAAAGAACAAUUUUGUCGGUGACUCCACUAAUAAGAUUACAGGUUUGUGCUCCAAAAAUGACGCUCCUUCAGGUCAAAAGAAGUGCACAAACUAUUGUGGGGGUAAUGACGAUGCAGCAUUAAACUCAAGUGUAGAGUUAACUGCAAAACAAAAGCAAAGACAUGAUCUCGAGAGGGAAAUUAUGGCUUCUUUAUUUAAUGCUUCUGAGAGAGAGACAGAGUAUGAAUUGCCUAAAAAAAGAUUGACGGUGGGGAAGAGGUCGGGGGUAUUUGGAAAGCCAGUGACUGAACCUCUUCAUGACUCGAUUGUGGCACAAAAGAUAACUGAAGUGCAGCAACAGCGACAAAAUCAGUACGACGAAGUAGAAGAGAGUUACAAGGCUGUUCGUAGAGCUGUGAAGGAGUAUCGUGGAAUGGUGAAGGAGUAUUAUCAAUCUGCUGUGGAAGCAUUCGUAAAGGGUGAUCGUGCUCGAGCUCAGAAACUUCUAGAACAGGGAAUGUUUUUCCAUCAGAAGGCUCGUGAAGCUGAUGAGGAGUCUAGUGAAAUGAUUUUUGGAAACAGAGAUGUGGAGGCACAAGAUGACAUGUUGCUCGACUUGCAUGACCAUGGUGCCAAGGUGGCAAUUCAGCUUUUGAAGUGUCGUCUUUCUUCUCUUUCAGGCAUUCCAUCAAUCAAACAUCUUAAGGUGAUUAUUGAGACGAAUGAAGAAGACAAGUCAAAAGGGUCUCGUAGACGGCUGGUUCUGAAGCUAUUAGAAAAAGAAUCCAUAAAGUGGGUGGAGGACGAGAAUGCUGGUACCAUACUAAUCCGGCUGGACAGCAUCAACCGUAAACGUUUGAGUUUUGUCAAAAAGUAACGUGCCAUUGUAAAAUCAAAUCACAAAUUGGUUGAAACUUUUUAAUUAUGCCAAUAAUUUGUCUACAUUUUGAGUUGGUAUGAUUAAUUUACUGGCCAAGUUUUUUUUGUCUAAGUUGGUAAUUGGUGCAAAAGCACGAUACAAAUUACGGACUGUUCUUUGGUACUUUUUUGAAGGCAAAUUUGCCAUUUGGUGAAAUGAGUGAAGAUU